UGCAAAAACAAAAACCGGUCGGUCGCGUCCAUUCGCUUCUCGAAUCGUUUAUUUUAGGUAGUUCUUAACGGCUUGAAUCGUGCUAAUCGUAGUGCAUAAAGUAUCGCUGUACGAAAACCAUGUCAUCGCCGGCACCGAAAUCUCCAGAGAUGUCGGACAAAAGUCGCAAAUAUGAUCGACAAAUCCGCCUGUGGGGAGAGCAUGGACAAACGGUGCUGGAAAACGCGCAAAUUUGUCUCAUCAAUGCAACAGCACUCGGAACGGAAAUAUUGAAAGGCAUAGUGCUGCCCGGCAUCGGUGGUUUCACCAUAGUAGAUCAUCUCCCCGUCACCGAGGAAGACGUUGGUUGCAAUUUUUUCCUCGACCUCGGUUCGGUCGGGCAACCGAGAGCGAAACGCUGCAUGCAGUUACUGCAGGAGCUUAACCCGGACGUUAACGGCGACUACGUUGACGAGCAUGUGGAACAGCUGAUUGACAGUCAGCCGGAUUUCUUUCGCAACUUUGACGUCGUAGUAGCCACUUCCAUUAGCGAACGUACGAUCGUGCGCUUAUCGAAUGUGCUUUGGGAGCAGAAUAUCCCGCUCAUUAUCGCCCGCUCCGUGGGGUUCUACGGUGUCGCUAGGCUGCAGGUGCGAGAACACUGCGUCGUUGAAACGCAUCCAGAUAGCAAACAGAACGAUUUACGUCUCGAGCAUCCUUUCGAGGGCUUGAGAAAGCAUAUGGAAGAAGCGGAGCUUACGAACAAAGUACCAUGGCUGGUAGUCCUUUACAAAGUGUUGUACGAGUGGGUGGCGGCACAUGACGGAAAGUUCCCUUCUAACUACCGGGAAAAGUCGGAUCUGCGGGAGCUGAUUCAAUCGAAAAUGGAUGGUGAGAAGGAAAAUUUUGAGGAAGCGAUCAAGGCGGUUAAUUCAAGUUUUGGGGGAGGAAAACCAUCAUCUUCGGUUCGAGAGAUACUGGAAGACGAUCGAUGUGUAAACGUUAACAAGGAGAGUAAUGCCUUUUGGAUUAUGGCGCGAGCAUUAAAAGACUUUGUAGACAACGAAGGAAACGGCAUGUUGCCAGUGCCUGGCGUACUUCCCGACAUGACGGCAGACACCAACUCGUACAUUAGCCUUCAAACAGUGUACCGCGGCCAGGCGGCUCAUGAUGCCGAAAUCGUGUUCCGUCGUGCCCGGCAACUGCUGAAAGAAUUGAACAAACCGAACGAUCUCAUCACGGAGAAAGAUGUUCGACUGUUUUGUCGCGAAGCGGCCAACAUCGCUGUCGUUCAAGGCAGUAAAAUCGCGGAAGAAUUCGAUAAAGGGUACCAACGUGCGUCCGUAAUCGCCGGUGGAUUGGAAACUCCGAGCUCGCUGAUGGGACACUAUAUCGUGCUGCGUGCGUUGGACCGGUUUCAAGCCGACUACGGUUGUGUUCCGGGUGAAAGUGAGGCCGAGUCGGAUACGACCCGCAUCAAGAGUCUCGCAGCAAAAAUGAUCAGCGAAUGGGGUAUCAGCACACCGAUCAACGAUGAUCUGGCGCAUGAAAUUUGCCGAUACGGUGGGGCGGAGAUUCAUAGCAUUUCCGCCUACCUGGGUGGCUGUAUUGCUCAUGAAUUGAUUAAACUGGUCACAAAGCAAUACCGGCCGUUCGAUAAUACUUUCAUCUACGAUGGAUCGACGUCACAAACGGAGACUUAUAAAUUAUAAAUCAUUGAAAGACGCAUCAUAUAACCACCGCAAAUCCUCGAUGAGCAACAGUAAUAGAUUAGUGAACACCACGUUUCGUUUUGAAUUUGUCCGUAAAUAAAGGUUUUUCAUGUA